AUGCAGUUUUUGUACGCAGAUGACUUACACUGUCAUCUCAGACAGGGAGAACUCAUGAAGAAGGUCGUAAAAUACAUUCGAAAAGGAGGAUGUAAUAGAGUGCUCGUAAUGCCUAAUACUGUCCCUGAGAUAACAAGCUGUUCUCAGGCUCUCGAAUACAGAAAAAGGCUCCUGGAACUCGAUCCCAACGUCGAUUACCUCAUGACUCUUUAUCUGACAGAUGAGCUGUCUGUCGAAGAUUUAAAGAAUAACGCCAAAAAAUGCCACGUCCAGGGGGUCAAAUGUUAUCCCUUAGGUGUGACAACUAAUUCUGAUAGAAGUUUUGAGGUUACGAAUAGAAAUAAGAGUUUUGAGAAGUACUAUCCGGUAUUUUCUGAGAUGGAGAAAAUUGGAGUUUCACUCCACUUACACGGAGAGUUAUCAGGCGCUCCUCCUCUGACCGCUGAAAAGGACUUUUUAACCCCAAUAGAAAACAUUUGUAGGAGGUUCCCCUCGUUGAAGGUCGUUUUGGAGCACGUAACGUCUCGAGAGUCUCUGGAAGUAGUUAAAAGGCUCCAAAAUCUCUCAGCCACAGUUACUCCUCACCACAUGAGACUCACAGUCUCAGACGUUCUCAACACCACUGAAAAUGUAACUCUGGAAAAUAUAACUAGACACCUUAAGGACCCAUUCGCAUACUGCAAACCCGUGGCUAAAUUUGAGGAGGACCGACAGGCAAUUUUGGAAACCCUAAAGUCAGGACACCCGAGACUCUUCUUGGGAUCAGAUUCAGCACCUCACACAUGUGAUAGCAAAAGGUCAGAUAACCCUCCAGCUGGCAUUUAUACUCAGCCGUUUCUGUUACAGUACCUUUCUGACACGUUUGAGGAUUUUGGAUUUUUUGAUAAACUGGAGAACUUUUGCUGCAAAAACGGCCAGGAGUUUUUGCAAUUACCGCCCAAAGAACCUGAAUACUUUGAACUUGUAAAACAGCCCUUUAAAGUUCCCGAAGAAGUCGAAGGAAUCGUGCCAUUCAGAGCAGGCCAAUUUCUCAAUUAUUCAAUUUUAUUCUAA